CAGAAGGGAGGAUGGAGCUGGAAGCUGAGUUGCCUGUCCUGGGACUGAGUGUUGCUGUCUUAUCUAGUUUAUUAAAUGGAUCAACUUUCGUACUACAAAGGAAAGGCAUCCUCAGAGCUCGCAGGAAAGGUACCUCAUACUUGUGUGACAUUAUCUGGUUGGCUGGAACAAUUACAAUGGCAUUUGGGCAGAUGGGCAAUUUCCUGGCAUACACUGCUGCUCCUGCUGUGCUUGUUACGCCCCUGGGUGCACUGGGAAUUCCAUUUGGGUCUAUUUUAGCUUCAUACCUACUACAAGAAAAUCUUAAUUUCCUAGGUAAGCUGGGAUGUCUGCUUUGCUGUGUGGGUUCAGUUGUGCUGAUUAUUCAUUCUCCAAAGUCCGACAGUGUAACAUCUAUAUCAGAGCUUGAAGAAAAGUUUUCUAAUCCAGUAUUUAUAUGCUACCUCUGUAUUGUACUUCUGAUGCUAAUUCUGCUGAUAUUCUGGAUAGCUCCAAUCCAAGGGAACAGAAACAUAAUGGUUUAUGUUGGCAUCUGUUCGUUACUGGGGACCUUCACUGUACCCUGCACUAAAGGUAUUGGACUGGUGGCUCAGGAGGCCUUUGCAAGUAAUCCUACCAACUCAAGAGCACUGUACCUCUUUGUGACUCUCCUAGCAGUACUGGGCUGCAGCAUCCUCAUUCAGUUCAGAUAUAUCAACAAAGCACUGGAAUCAUUUGACUCCUGCAUAUUUAGUGCAAUCUAUUACGUGUCUUUCACCACCCUCGUCUUGUUGGCGACAGCCAUACUUUUCCAAGAGUGGACAAAAGUGGGAGCAGUAGACUCCUUGGCUAUUGCAUGUGGAUUCACAACCAUGUCAACAGGAGUUGUCCUUAUACAGAUGUUUAAAGAGUUCAAUAUAAACCUUCAGGAAUUAAAUAAAACAUCUAAGAAAGAGAACUAGAAGAGCCCGGCUAAGCCAAAUCUUGGAAUGUUUCCUGUUCAUGAAGCUGCAAAACUAAUGUACAUCUUAAUGUAAUACAGGUACUCCAGGCCUAUAACACAUGGCAGCCAAUCAUAUGUCUGCUUUUAUUAUUCGUUGCAUUAAACCCAACUUCUGUAUGGUUGCUUUAGUUGACUAGACCAAAUAAAGUUUGCCCAGGUUAUUACAUAACCCCCAAAAUGCAUCUUUUAAUAGUCUGCAUAUGGGUUGUGUUUAUUUUAACUCAGGUCUCUAAUGAAAUUAUCAGUAUUAACGCAUAACUAUUCAGUGCCUAUGCAUAAUUUAUGGUAUUAAUAUAAUUAAUGCUGUGGAAAUUCCAUUGUGAUCAAAUCUGUGCUGUUGCUGUCUCUGCAAAGGAAUGUUAACUGGGCAGAAAAAUAAAAUCAUCCAUGAGUCUGAGAUUUGUUUUAAAGUUUAUUGGAAGUAAAUGUGAUGUAUUAACUUGCUGGAUUGAGGCUCUUGGGACUUCAUGUUCUAAUGUUCUUCGUUUUUUCUUUCUGCUACUGUCAAAAAGUUAAAGAAAUAAAUAAAGCUUUUAAAAAAGUUUAUUGGAAGUUAUUAGCUUGCUUUUUUGCGUUUCUGCUACUGU